UCUUUCUAUCUACCCUUCACUUUCAAAAACACCGCUAACGACUUAUGGAAGGUGAUAGUGCCUUCACCCAACAAAAAACAAAACCCAUUUUCAGUUUUGAGGUUUUGUUUGUUGUCUCAUUUUCUUGAGAGUUUGCAUUUCAUGAAGGGGAGGCCUACUAUGUACUACAAUGGCAUGCUGAUAAACAACAACGCCGUCUUCGAUUCCGAUCCGGGUUUUCUUGAAGAAGGGAAAGCUACAAUGGAGAUCAAUAAUAGUGAAGUUGUUGAAGGGAAUGGAGAAGAUAAGAAGAAUGGAGUUACUGAAGUGAAUGAAGAAUGUGAUGAGAAUGGUUGCAAAAAUGAGACUACUUUUGCUGCUGAAUCCAGUUCUGGCUCUGAAUUUGUGUCAUCUGAGAAAGAACAUAAUGGUCAAAGUAGUGCUGAGGAGCAUUCAUGUUCACCACCUUCAAUGGGGUCUCCGGUUCAAGAAAUGGAUGACUCAAAUUGCACACAAAGUCCAAAUGGAAGUAGUGAAGAUGAAGAGAAAAAGGAUUUUGUGUUGGAAGUUGAGAUGAUGAAGGAGAGGUUUGCAAAAUUAUUACUCGGAGAAGACAUGUCAGGUUGUGGAAAUGGUGUCCCUACAGCCUUGGCUAUAUCCAAUGCCAUAACUAAUCUUUGUGCCACCCUGUUUGGACAACUCUGGAGAUUGGAACCCCUGACUUCUGAGAAGAAAGCAAUGUGGAGAAGAGAGAUAGAGUGGCUACUUUCCGUCGCCGAUCAUGUCGUAGAAUUGAAACCUACAUGGCAAACUUUUCCGGACGGAACCAAGCUUGAGGUCAUGACUUGCAGACCACGUUCAGAUCUUUAUGUCAAUCUUCCUGCUCUGCGAAAAUUAGAUAACAUGCUUCUUGAAAUACUAGAUGGUUUCAUCAAUGCUGAGUUCAGGUAUGUAGAGCAAGGUGUUCUUGCACCGGACACGGAUGACGGUUCGGCUUCUUUUCGAAAAGUGGUGCAGCGACAAGAGGAGAAAUGGUGGCUUCCUGUUCCUCAAGUUCCACCCUAUGGCUUACACGAGAAUUCAAGAAAGCAGUUGCAGCACAAGCGCGAUUGCGCAAACCAAAUACUCAAAGCUGCCAUGGCUAUUAACAGCACCACUCUUGCUGAAAUGGAGGUUCCUCAUGCAUAUUUGGACUCUCUUCCAAAGACAGCAAGAGGCAGCUUGGGAGAUGUAAUUUAUAGGUACAUUACAUCAGAGAACUUUUCUCCAGAGUGUUUGUUAGAGUGCCUUGAUGUAUGUUCUGAGCAUCAAGCAAUAGAGGUUGCCAACAGAGUUGAGGCUUCAGUUUAUAUCUGGCACAAGAAGACCAACUCGAAGCUUCCGAAUCGCGCCACCAGAUACAGUUCAAGAUCUUCAUGGGAGAUGUUCAAGGAUCUAAUCCUUGAAGGUGACAAGAGAGAAUUGCUUAUAGAGAGAGCAGAAACUCUUAUGCUCUCCUUGAAGCACCGUUUUCCUGCUCUCCCUCAAACUGCAUUAGAUACAUGCAAAAUCCAAUGCAACAAGGAUGUUGGGAAAUCAAUUCUAGAGAGCUACUCUAGAGUACUAGAGAGUUUGGCUUCAAAUAUUGUUGCAAGAAUUGAUGAUGUGCUCUACGUGGAUGACUUGACCAAACAUUCUUCAGAUCAGUUCUCAAUGCUCCCAAAACUUGGUUUGAUCACUCACAACAAUCAUAUUUCUUCAGUUCCAUAUGUCCCAACAACAUCAUAUAAUAAUAAAUCAGGUCUUGGAACACCAAAAGCAGGGGUUAUUUGCCCUGCAAAGGGAGGAAACUCAUCAAUGACCAAUAAUAAUAAUAGUAACAUUAAUAGAGUAAUUUUGACAGAUUUUCUUAGCAUUGAUAGAAAAGGGAAGGACUAUGGAUGUGAAAUUGAGAACUUAGUUCCAACAUUAACAGAAUUUGAUGAUGAGGUUCCACCUUGUGAAACAGAGGCAAGUGAUUGCACAGAUGACGAUGUCAAGCAUAAAGCAUUGGAACAGGCUUGGAUAGAGUGAAAUGCUUUUGGUCUUAUUGAACUUUGAUGGUGCAUUUCCACAUUUUUUUUAAUUUUAAUUUUGGUGUUUCAUAUUUCCUCCAUCAUUGU